AUGGCUGAUCCUCCAAAUCAUUUCUUCAAGUUCAUUCCACCAGACUCAAAGUUUAACCUCUCAAUUCCAAAAUCUUUUUUGGCGAAGUUGGACGGAUGGAGAGGUAAGAAAGCAACACUGAGACGAGGGUGUCACAAAUGGGCGGUGCACAUUGGCGACAGAGGGGUUUUUGGUGACGGUUGGAGGAAGUUUGUGGUGGAGAAUGGAGUGCAAGAGUUUGACAUUAUUGUGUUCAAACAUCAAAGAAACAUGGUGUUUGACUUUUUUGUGUUUGACCCAUCUACAUGUGAAAGACAAUAUCCAGAUUUACCUGACAAUGUAGAAGUCUCUCUCCCAGAAUAUGAUUCACUUCACACACAUGAGAUGUCAAAGAGGCUCAAAAAGCGCAAGUGGACUGACUAUUCAUCUCAAAGCAACGAUAAACGUUGUUUUGUGACCAUAAUGACACCUUAUUUAAUCAGAACAACAAGAAUGCAUGUUCCAAUGAAAUUCGCUAGAUCAAACGGAUUAACUACCAAAGGAUUGCGUACACAAAUAGUUUUAGUGGAUGAAGCAAAGAGGACAUGGCCAGCAACACUCCAUGUGAAGAGAGAUCAAAUUCGUUUAACGGGUUGGCGUAAACUCAUGAUAAAAACCGACUUAAAAAUUGGGGAUGCGUGUAUGUUUAAGCUCGUAGAGAAUGGAGAAGUGCCCGUUUUCAGUUUCUAUAAUCUAGGAAAGAAGAAAACCAACAACCAUGUUCAAGUAAAGAAGGAAAGUAGAUCUAAGAUAAAGAUAAAGAAGAAGACUAGCUCGAGUCUCGGCAAUCAUCCUUACUUUAUUUUAACUAUGAAGCCUUCUUAUAGAGAAUGGGGAUUGUGUCUUCCAAUUGAAUUUUCGAAAUCAAAUCGUUUAAAAGAAGGAGAAAUGAUCCUCAGAAACGAUAAAGGUAGAUUAUGGAAAAUUCAGCUCAAGAAAAAAGGUGAAAAAUAUUACAAUUUUGGUUGCGGUUUUAGAGAUUUCUGGGAUGCGAAUGGAUUAGAGGUUGGUGAUGACUACAAGUUUGUGCUCGUCCAGAAGGAGAAGGGCAAGCCUCCCAUCAUGAAUGUUUCUUAUCUAGAAAAGAAGCCCACCAACACCCAUAUGCAAGUAAAGAAGGAGAUCGGAUCAACUCGUUACUUUAUCUCUACUAUGAAGCCAUAUAGCUUCAAACACUCACGUUUGAAUCUUCCGCCUGAAUUUUUGAUACCAAAUGGUAAAAGAAUGGGAGAAAUGAUUCUUAGAGACGAUAAAGGUAGAUCGUGGAAAGUUCAGCUCAACAAAAAUGGUAAAAACCGAUUUUAUCUUGGAUGUGGUUUUAGAGAUUUUUGUGUAGCGAAUGGAUUGAGGAAAGGUGAUUUGUACAAGUUUGAGCUCGUUGAGAACGAGAUGGACAAGCCUCCCAUUGUGAACUUUUCGUUGAACAUAGACUCGGUUCCCUCUGGAAAAGAAGACCCCUCAUACUACAUUGGCAAAGUGAACACCUACUCCAUGUAUUUGCCUAGUAAACUUGCGACGACGAAUGGAUUACUCAACAAAGAAGAAAUGAUUCCCAAAAAUGACGAUGAGAGGUCAUGGACCAUGGGUAUAAAGCGUGAAAGGAACUAUUGUUAUAUAGUGCGAGGAUGGAAAGAAUUUUGUGCUGCAAAUGGCUUGAAAAAAGGGGAUCGUAUCAAACUUGAGCUGCUCAGUAAUGGUGAAAUACCCGUAGUAAAGUUUAAAGGUCCAUUAGUUCAGCUAACAAGGCUUGUCUUUCCUGAUGGCUAA